AUGGAAGGUGCGAAGAGGAAGGAUAUCAAGAGAUCUGUGCUGAAGAAACUGGAGAGGUAUCUGUGGUCGGGUCGAUCCAAGGCGAAAGCGGGUCGGGUUGCACCGAUGGGCUGCUUCACGGUGUAUGUGGGGCCCGAGAAGCAACGGUUUGUGAUAAAGACAGAAUAUGCCAACCACGCGCUAUUCAAGAUGCUUCUGGACGAUGCUGAGCUGGAAUACGGUUACCAUAGCGAAGGGCCUUUGCUGCUUCCCUGCGACGUCGAUCUCUUCUGCGGAAUCAUCGCCGAGAUCGGCGGCGAUGAGCACGUUUCCGGCUUCGUCAACGGCGCCUGCAGCCCCUUCAAUCCGGCGCGGCGUCUCGGGAAGGCUACUGAUAUGGCCAAGGGAUGCGCCUCCUACGCCGCCCUCACGCCGCCGCGCUUGAUCGGAGCCGGCCACUUUUGA